GAUCAACCAGGUGCCUGGGUUGCUAGACCAGUGACGUCAAUCAGGUAUUUCUGCUUAGACCUGUUUACCAGGAAAUGUAGGCCUAUACAGGGUGUCCCAAAAAAAUGUCCCUUGCCAUAUUUGGUGGUAUUACUUCGCUAUAUUUAAUUUUUUUGCAGUGGGUUGAAAAACAAUCAUAUUAUAUUAAUCGUAGUAUUUAUCUCACCAAAAUACUUAACCGUUUGGCUUCUAGAGAUACUUAAGGUGGCGACAUCAAUUUUGCAACCCGUCCAAAUUACAGAAAUUAGGUUAAAAAUAAUGCAAACUUUGUAGAAGGAUUUCUAAAGUUUCUACCCACCUUUCUGCUCGAAAACAAAAUGUAUUUUAUCUCUAUUAUUAAACUUUUGUUUCUUGUAGAAAUUAACAAAAAUAGAUGGAAAAAUCCCUGGCAAAUUGACAAAGGCAAAGCUAAGGUUGGGAAAAUGCCUUAAAUUUGCUGUUUUCCAUUCAAUUUGUUCCAUGAAAGAGCAAAUGUGUUGGGAUUUCAGCACUUGUCUUUCCCCUUUUCUGGGGAUUGCUUCAUUAUUUUUACAGAAAAUUAAUUCGCGAUUUUGGCUGCAACUAAUUACAAGUUUUAGAAAAGAUAUGUAGCCAUUUACCAUUAAAAUAUUUUAUUACGAUCCGUAAUAUAUUUAAACCUAAUAUCCACAAUUUGGACAAGUGGCAAUAUUGGUAUCGCCACCAUAAGUAACUCUAGAAGGCGAACGGUCAAAUAUUUUUGUAUAUAAAAAAUUGAAUAAUCGAUUACAGGUAACGAUGUAGUACCACAAAAUAUGAUAGGGGACAUUUUUUUGGGGACACCCUGUAUAAGUAUUUCUGCUUAGACCUGUUUACCAUGCAGGAAAUGUAUAAUACAGCACUAAUAAUAUAACCUGCAGGAAAUAUUUAUCAGAUUUGUUUUAGAGAGUCCAACGUGCAUGUUUAGUGCAAAUUUAUAUCUUAAAACUUUAGUCAAAAAAUUUUAUAGUGAUUGACCGAUUGUGCAAUGCAACUUGUAUCAACAUGCAAUGUAUGUUAAUGUCGUUAAAACGUAACAUGUAUCAACGUGCAAUGAAUAUAAUUUUUGAAGUGUGUAUUCUCUCAACAAUCGGUUUUAGACCAUCGGAAAUAUAGAUAAUUCUACCGAUUCCGAUUGUCUACCGAUAAGGCAAAAUGGGCCCGAUACCGAUUAUCGGUCAAUCACUGAAAUUUUAUACAGUAUAUAUUUUAAUAAAGUAAUAUAUGAAUAAUAUUUUAUUUAGUAUCGGAAAGCCAUUCAAAGGACUUGAUAUACCAUAUGAUUAUAAACAUGUUCUUAGUUUUACUGAUGAUCCAAUUGAAUUCAGGGUGAGUCAUCAAGUGCAUAUGCAUGCAAGAAUUACUUUGCGCGCGAAAAUGUUUUCACUAAAAUGUCUUUUAUCACGUUGUGUAUAAUAUUUGAAAACAUGACUAUAUCUUUUCACACAGUCAAUCAUGGCAAACACAAAUCAAGGACUUUAUAUUAAAUUGUUUAUCUGCUGUACAAUCAACUUCGUUUUAAUGCAAUAACAUACAUUUAUCUAUUAACAUGUUAUUUUUAUUCCAUUAGAAAAUCUUGGUUUUUCAUCAACAUAUAUAUAUAUAUAUAUCUGUUUUUAAUAACUUUAGGACAAGAUUAAUUUGCAAGUUAGUUCUGGUAAUCGUGAUGUGCCAGAAGGCACAUUUGACGCAUUGAUGCAAGUUGCAGCCUGCGAACAGGUUUGUCCCAGCAAAUGUGCUCUGUACUAAAUGGCCGAUUAUAUUUAUUCCCCCCCCAGGGGGGGGGGGGGUUAAGGACAAUGGAAAAUCCAGGGGAGGGGUGUAAAAAAGCUUUGGAAAUCAAGGGGAGGGCGAAAAAGAGCACAUAAAUCCAGGGGGUGGGGUGCAUGAUUAGAAACCAAAAUCCAAGGGAUGGUCUGCGAUUGAAGCCAUUUUCCAAGGCUAUCUGGCAAUGAAUUUCUAGGAAAUUCCAGGGGGUCACAAUUUAGCUGGUAAAAGAUGUCCUUAACCCCCCCCCCCUUGCACCCCCGUGCGAAAAAUAUAUGGAAUCUGCCAAUUUGCUUGUGUUAGUAUAUGGGGCGCCGAAUGUAAAUUUAAUUAAUUUAUUAUUUAGCAAAUAUUGAUAUUUUUCAUUAUUUGUAAACUGAUUAUUUUAAACAAACAAUUAUUUAUAAUAAGUUUUAUGUGAACAAAUUAUAAUGCUGUUUGUUCAGAAAACAAUGAGAUUUGUUCUGUGAAUGUGAAAAGCGAAAUGGCUUGCGGAAUGGCUGCGAAUGCAAAUUCCGCGACAUUUUUUUCGUUACAAAGUUAAAUUCCGCGACAUUUCUCUGCCGUUCUUGUUUGAUUGUUUAUCAAAUUGCGAAAUACAUUUAUUGCGAGCGAGCUGAGAACAUCCUAUUAAAUCCGGGCGUAGAAAAUUUAAAUAUACCGCUGAGUUCGGAUUAGCCCCGGCUCAAGAUUCACCGAUUCACCUCGGCUUGCAUUCCAUAUUUGGAACAUAUUUCCAUAUUUGGAAGACCGCAUGCUACAAACGGUCUUUCUGCUGCUGUCAUACCGUCUAAUGUUUUAUUUAUUGGUGCAUUUUUAUAGCGUUAACUUUUGUUCAUCAAAUUGUACAUCAAAUGAAGUUUAACUUAGCAUCUUUAAAUAGAUUAAAUGCUCUGAUGAUGUUGUGAUGUAUACAAAGAAACAAAUAUAUUUUAUUCUUUAUUGUUGUCUGGUCACAGGUGGCCCAGGCUCUGUGUGUGUAUUUGUUUAUUUUUUAUUUUGUUAUAUUUUGCAUUAAAAAUUUACUCUAAAUGGGCGAACUUGGGCAAGACCUAAAUUUCCACAAAACUCGCAGAUAAAAUAUUGCCAAACGUCCCCAGGUCGCACUUUUUAACCUGUGGCUACUCCUAGUUUCAAGGGUAAUUUUGUAACAAUAUCAAAAGGCAUGCACAUAGAAGUAAUAUUUAAACCCGUGUGUAUUAUGAACGUGGUCUAUAGAGCUAACGAAACACAAGAAAGGUAGAUGCAAACUAUUUUACAUUGCCGAAUAUGACUUGGGCACGAAACAUACGAACGUUGCGACCAAAUGAUUGAAAUGAAAACAGAAAACCCGGUUCAGUUGUUUGUGUAGGAACAUUCACUCAAGAAGAAUGCAUGCACAUCACUUAUCAGUUAUUAAAUGUUAUGCAAUAAUUAUGAACCAUGCAAUACAGCAUGAUCAUUUUGGUCUCAGCAAACACAACACGAUGGUCAUGCAACUAGGCGAAUUUGUUCGCGUUUGUUUCGCAUUUUCUAGUGGAAAAUGGGCUUUAAGUCGGUUUUCCACUAGCGAAUUUUUUCGCGCGAAGCGACCUUUUUCCUUUGUCAAUAUCCAUUUUGCCACGUCUUGCUGACGUAAUAAGUGAUACCGACAAAGGGAAAAGGUCGCUUCGCGCGAAAAAAAAUUCGAAUUUUUCGCUAGUGGAAAACCGCCUUUUGUCCCCUCGAUUAACUGCAUGCGCGCGGUUAUAUAUUCACGUUGAUUGUAUCAAAACUGCGUAGAGGACUGAGACUGACGUCGAAUACCUUCUUCAAGUCCGCAAUCUUUUGCUUCGCUUGUGACCGCAUUUCUUUCUGAACUUCAGAUACAUUAGGAUAUACACAUUGUGAGAGAAGCGAUUAAUGAAGCAAUUAUUGUAACAUUUUCCAGGGUAUCUUUUAAGAAUUUGUCACUUAGAAAGUGCUGAACAGGAAAAGUGCGAACUUGUAGGGGUCUAGGAAUCCAUUCCAGAAAAUCUGAAACUUUGAUUUGAGCCUCUGGACCUUCGACUUGGACGGUUUACUGGAGAAGCCAACACAGGGGAUGAAGGGAGGGGGGGGGGGGUGCCCCCCAGAAUAUAUGUUUAAAGAGGCCCUUGCAUUCUUUGUGUCAUUUAAUUUUUCACUGUAACUUUUGAUCUCUGUGUGAAUCAGUUCAGCAGUACCGAAUAUGUCGCGGUCGUUGCAACCACGUACAUGGAUUCAAACCCAAGGAGAACAAACCUAUGAAACUCAAGCAAUAGGCAUCUGGUAAAUCUUGUUUGUUUAAAAAAAGAUGUAGCGAAUAUAUGGGUAUCCACCUGCGCACUCAUGAAUAGGUCAAAAUUGAAUGAGAAAAAGCCUAUAACAUUUCUGUUUAAAGCACCAAAGAAUAAUUUCAAGAAAUCCUAAUUAUACUGCAGAUAUAUAAAUGCUUUAUUCUAAAACGAACAAGAUUUACCUGAAGUCUGUUGUUGGAGGUUUGAGUGAGAUAAAGAGAUAGAUAAGAUAUGUAUAUAGAGUAAAGUUAGUUAUGUUGUUAUGUUAUGUUAUGUUAUGUUAUGUUAUGUUAUGUUAUGUUAUGUUAUGUUAUGUUAUGUUAUGUUAUGUUAUGUUAUGUUGAGACAGUAUUGAAUAUUUUACUUCAGUAGUUACCUGAAAAAAUGUAAAUUGCAUUAAUUGCUCCUAGCUUAAUUAAAUUUUAAACAGCCUUUAAACAUUCUAACACAUACACCCACCACUGUGCCUUGUACCAUACAACAACUAUGUCAAAAUAUUUUUGAUACAAUCUUAUUUAGGAACUUAGAUGGGGAUCGAAAAAUACGACACGACGUAUUGUACUUAUUGCAACUGAUGGUACGUUUCAUAUGGCGGGAGAAGGCAGGGUAAGGUUGAAUGUGUUCUGUAAUAGCAAUUGAGGUUUUCUUGUCAAAACAUUCAAUAGACCUUAGCGUAACAAUAUUGUGAUUCAGUCACGAUUCAGUGAGCGAAAUGUUCCAUUGUCUUUUCAUUGUUUUGAAAAUUCCAUGUUAACCAAAGGAAUUAUUUUUCGUCUUUGUAGUCCCUAAUCUAGUGCCCUCACAUGUAAAAGCUCACGCCACGUUUACAGGUAACCGAACGUAUCCGAACGCAGGUUUUGCCUAUAUACGAAUUCCCGUGUGAUUAAACUCGAAAACCUAUACCCAUAUCCGUGUCUUGGAGCUGGGAAAUGUGAAUUUUAUGUAUCCACAGACAGACAGAUGCAAUCAAUGUCAUUUUAUGAGAAUUAUAUUCUCUUGUUUAGUUUGGUGGUAUUGCCAAACCAAAUGAUGCCAAAUGUCACCUUUCAAACACUGUCGUGAACGGUGGUCGUUUGUAUGACAAGUCACUGGAGCUGGUAAGAUGCACUGAUAUUCAUAUAAAUCUGGAUUGAAUAUCUCUUUUGUGAAAAUGAAGAGGGUCCUGAAGGAGUAAAAUGGGAACUGGGAUUGAUCUAUUUUUAGACUGGGAAAAUGGGAUUUGGGUUGCUGGGACUGGGAUUAGGCCACUGGGAAUGGGAAAUGAAGUCCUCAAAAAUGGGAAUGGGAUUGAGGUAAUGCGAGUCGAUUCCCAAUUUUCCUACGUUUUAAGUAUUUUAAAAUACAAUUUUGAUCUGUUUUUAGUGUCUUUGGUCAUGAUUUUUGUUGUGAACUAUAUUAUUCACAGCACUACCUGCGAACAGGCAUACUCUGGCGCCAGGAAUUCUGGAUUUUCUGAUUAUGCGUGUCUCAGAAUGCUGCAAAUGCCAUUUCCGGGAUUCAAAUUUAAAAAUUUUCCGUGCCUUUGGCACGAGCCCCCCCCCCCAAUAUUUCAUAAAGUGUCCACCACUUGCAUACACGGUGGCUUAAAAGGUCUUAAACUGUUUAUUCUACCAAUAAAUAAAGGGGUUUUAUUGACUGGUAUUUCAAUAACUCGGACUGGGAUUUCUAAUAAAAAUCCAACUGGGACUGGGAUUUUGCCAAAAUUUCAAGUGGGAAAUGGGAUUGGGACCCCCCCUUCAGGACCCUCAAUGAAGCUGGAAAUCAGUUGUUACGUGGUGAUCAACUUUCAAAUUUAGCUUAUGAGAACAAACAAGUAGUGCUAUAAACACUUUCCCUACUUCAAAGAACGAAGCAAUACAACACAAUACGAUACAGUACAGUACAGUAUAGUACAGUACAGUAUAGUACAGUACAGUACAAUAUAGGAGAAGAAUACAACAUAUAAUGUAGAAAAUAUCGCUGUUUUCAUAAUUGAUGAGAAUUACUUAAUAAAGAUACUUAAAAAAAUGGGUCUAGGUCUUGAAAAAAUACAGAUGGCAGCUAUUUUAAGGCGUUAUCCAUACCACCUCGCGAUAUAGCAUGGAGUUACUCCCUACUUUGCAGUAUAUAGCUGCUUUAAUCGGGGUUUUUAUUUAUCUUAGGAUUACCCGACAAUAAACCAGGUUUAUCAAAGACUUCUAGAAAGUAGAAUUUACCCUAUAUUUGCGAUUUUUGACGACCAAAAGUCUGCCGAGGGGACCGAACCGGCCUACAAGGUAAGAAUGUGUAACGAAGCGCAGCUCUAUACAAUUGAUUCACUAAACCUUUUAAUGUAGUUCCAAUUAAUUAAACAGACGUAGUACAAUUGGACAAGUACAAAUUUCGUAGGCCGCGUACUAUCACUUGUGACAGUCGUCAACAACUCAACAAGUAAAAAAUAACAAUAAAAAACCUUUGCUUGCAGGUAUAUUUUUACUAUAAAUGAGUUAAAAUUAAUAUAAUAAUUAUUAUGCAUAUAGGUGAAAUAUAUCAAACAAAAAAUAUACCAAACAAAGUUUUAUUAAUAAUGAUAAUACUUCUUGAUUACUUUCACAAAACAAUAGAGAGUAUGAGCAAGACAAUGAUGUACGAAGCCUGCACAACGAAGUACGAAGACGCGUACUUGACAAUUUUUGCCCGCCUGCGCAUUAUUUUGCGCAUAUAUGAGUUUGGGGUCACUGGGGCUUGCUCACAAUGUCUUCACGUUAUAGAUUCAUGUCCUUGUAAAUACCGACCCUAACAAAAUAGCGAGACAUGAGACUAUAUCCCGUCUUUGUUCUUCUGCCUUCGUUCAGAACGAAGUUCGCGACAAAAUUUGCCAAAAUAUUCGUUCUGAACGAAGGCAGAUCGGAAGUUGGGAUAUGGAUUCAUGUUUUGCGCUGUUUUGUGCUGGGCAAAGUAGGGAUUAGGGUGAGCAUUCAAAACAAAUGGUUAUGUUUAAACUUUAGGCCAUCGUGGAGAACUGGGCUGCUGUAGGUGCCACUUUGGGAGAAUUGGAUAAGACCUCUAGCAACAUCAUCGAUCUUAUUCAGAAAAGCUACGAUGUGAGUGAAAUUGUUUUAGUGCUAGUGUAUAGAGACGAUAACAAACAGCUGUCGUGUCAAGGAUAUGCAACUACUUGAGAAAUAUUACGAGUAUGUAGUUGUAUACAGGGACGUAGCGAAGCG